CUUUUUCAUCGCAAAAUCAUCAUUUACCUCUUGCUUUCAUCAUCAGCAACCCCCGAGUCGAUCGAGUGACGACUUCUCUUCAUGAAGCUGUAACUACCAGCCCCCGUCUCCGGCUUCGCGCAGCCCGUCGCGCUCCUGCAAGCCAGCAGCAAUCAUGCAGAUCGACCCGGCCGCUUUGAGCCGGACAGAGUCGACAUCGACUUCUGUCGCGACGCCAAAGGCUCCUAGUGGUCCUGCGAAUCAGAAGUAUACAAAGGCUCUGAUUUCUGUUCCGCGACUCGACCUCGAGCCAAUCUACACGGAGCUGAAGGCCGCUAUCGGUGACAACUGGGCCGAGUAUAAGGAGUCUACAGCUCUCUUCCUCUUAGGGCAUUCAAACCAAAGUGAAUUCUCGUCGCGCGUCGAUCAUAUAAUAUGCGCCGACCCAAAGACCGAGCAUCUUCAUAAUAACUUCGUAUGCGCUAUUAUCGGGAACCUGACGAGAGACCUCCCUGAUCAUGGCGUUGCCAGUUGGGUGUCGGCGAACGACAAGCCCUCCGUGGUGUCGAAACCCGUCUCGGGCGAUGCUGCAGAACAGCGACUGAAGACGGAGGUCAUGCAAAUACCACCGAGGGAUCGUCGAAGAAUAAAGGCUAUUCCAGAGCCCGAUCCUGGUGAACUGCUGCACCAUGAACUGGAAGAGUACCAUCGGGCAAAGCAAAUAAAAUUGCCAAAUCAAGUGCCGGCAAGUGCCGGCGGCUUAAACAAAACAAACUGGGAGCUAGAAAUUCGGAAACGCUACGCACAACCUCUGGCUUCGGAAACGGGUGAGUUUCCAGAUGCGGAAUCCAUACAUGCGCGCAUGGUCCCUAUAUGCUACGAAGAAUCGAUCGCCAGUGGCGCCGGCUUUCCCUGCGCGGAACUCAUGGCGAUUGCUACAGAGACAUUUGUCAAGGAGGUUCUUUCGGUUGUCUUUUCGCGGACUCGAUCUAAUGGACCGUCCGGCACCAUCAAUGGGAUGAUGACUCGCAAGUAUCGACAGCAACUUGAGCGAGAAGAACUGGCUUACACCCGUGGCGAGAUAGUCAAGGAUACUGCAACAGGCUUACUUCCAGUCGAAGCCAAGGAAGCAAGCACUAGAAAACCUCUUGGAGUUAGGGACCUCCGACUAGCCUUGGAAAUUGGUGGCGGUUUCCUAGCUCAUAUGCCUCUAGUUGCUGACGAGAUCAUGGGGUGCUAUCUCGAGGAUGAACUGGAGGUCGAAAGGCAAGAUGGAACAGCAGACGAUGUGACUGAAAUUUCAGUUACUAACGACGACACGAAACUUCCCUACGCUGAUGAGAUGGAAUUGGACGACAGCGAUAUCGAUUGGGAAGGAGGCACACUAGCGGAUAGAGAGCAAUUGAGCUCUCUACUAGAUGAGUGUCUAUCCAUGGCUUCAUGA